GUUGUGUUAGCUGUUAGCUGCUAGCAGCACACAUUCCCAGCGGCUCCGUCUCAGUUUUGUCCCGGUUCUGUCCCGGUUCUGUCCCGGUUCUGUCCCAGCUCCGGUGCGAACAUGUCCCGAGUCGAGAAGAUGCGGCAUUUCGUCACUCAGCGGCUGCACGCGGCGGCUGAAGAGAUUCUGGUGGUUUUUGAAAAAAUUAUCGUAAAAUACGAACAGGAAGCAGCUCUGAACCACGAAGUGAUCUCCCGUCAGCACGCGCUGCUGUGCGCGCUCCACAGCCCGCUGAUGGAGCUGAAGCCCACAGACGUCUUCACGCAGCAGCUGAUGGUCAGUAAAGAUGCAGUUCCUCCCGAGGACAAGAACCAGAACCAGGACCCAGAGACCUCACAGGUUAAAGAGGAACAGGACAGAGAGCAGCUCCACCUGGACGAGGAUGACAUCAUCAAGUUCACCUACAGCUCCAAGUGUGCAGUGAGGUCAGGUCAGGACCAGGACCCAUCAGCUGGAUCAAGACCAGGACCAGGAGGUCCAGAUCCAGAUGUUCUUCUAGUGUCAUCCUCAGAGACUGAGGACAGUGAAGACUACAACAGGGACUCUGUUGGUCCCGGACCCGCUCCAGACAGACCGAAGAUGCCUCACGGAGCAAGAGGCGGGUUCACCUGCCGGGUCUGCAGCCGGACCUUCAGGGCUCGCAGGUUCCUGUUCAGACACGUCAAGACUCACCUGAAGGAGGCCGCGAUGGUCUGUGGGGUGUGUGGCGAACGCUUCGAGGCUGCAGACAGUCUGAAGCUUCACCUGCAGUGUCACCUAAAGAAAAGACUGCUGCAGAACCAGAACCAGACCAAAACUGAGACAAAAACUGGGACAUGGAGCAGCAGGAGGCAACUUCAACAGCACGCAAACACAAGCAUCCAGAAGGAGCAGAAACCGGACAGGUGUGACGACUGCGGGAAAAGGGUGUGGAAGAAGAGGAGGCACAGGUGUCGGACCUGGAGGAAAAACCAGAACCCAAAGAGUCCAGAAGAAACUGAGAAGAAGACAAAGAAAACCUGAAGGAUUGUUUCAGAGUUGGUCCUGCAACUUGACCCAGGUUUUAUAAUCAGAUGAUUUAAAUGUUCAUUUCUCAGGAAAAAGCGCCAAGACGCUGGACAUGAACCCACAGAACCUCAGAACCACCGACCAGUGAGGAAGCUGGAAUUUUCUAUAAGCUUUGAUAUUUGAAGAACAGCCUGAAUAUUAAAAGAUAAAACUCAAAAGGUGAAAACAUGUGAUUCAUUAUUUUAAGAAUGUCUUGACUUCUUCAGCAUAAUUCUGUAAGUCAACAGGAAAUACUUUUUUCAAAAUAAAGUUGUAAUAUUUGGAGAGAAUUAAGCCAGAAAGUUAGAAUAUUUCCUGAAAUCUGUUUUGAGAAUAUAACUGGUAAACAUUUUACUUGAUUCUUCAAAGCCUUUUUUCUUUGCUUUUCUUUUUUACAUCAUUUAAACCGUUUUGAAAAUGAAUUUUUAAUUUUAUGAGUAAAUGUUGACUUUAUUCUGGAAAUCUGUGACCAUUUCCUCUGAUUUGUUGUUGCUGUGUUGCAUUUCCACUGUAAUGUCUGACAAAAACAUUUUCUUCUUUUAGUUUCUGGAAGUCGCUCACAUGAAUGAUGGUUUGUUUAUGGUUUACUGGUUCCAGUUUGAUCAGCUUCUUAACUCAAAUACACACUUAUUACUGUUUUCUGCAUUAA